ACAUCUCCCGGGUCCCACGCACUGGCGGCGCCCGCCCCUACCGUAGGAAAAAUCAAACUGGACUGGUGGCUUCCGAGCCAAUCCCGGAGCAGAUGGGCCAGUUUCGACCAAUGGCCGCCGUGAAUAUUAAUGCGAGCUGACGCGGCGGCGAGGAGAGCUCCAUUCAAAAACCAGCAGCUAUUGUGGCGGGGCGCGCGUGCCGUGCAGGGCCCGCCUUCUGGGCUUGUAGGGGACCGACGCGGAUGGAAGCUGGGUGCCCAUGGCCGUGGCAGCGAUGGCCGAGCGUGGCCGCCUACCGCACGCCGCGCCCGCGCUCGGCACGGAGGGGCUGCCGCGAGCUUUCCUCCAGAGCCUGCGCACCCUCUUCGACAUCCUGGACGACCGGCAGCGCGGCUACGUGCACCUGCGCGAGAUCGAGUCCCGCUGGCAGGGAGCAGACGCGCGCGAGCUGCCCUGCGGCGUCCUCGAGGGCCUGCGCCAGGUGGCCCCGGCCAAUGGCUACCUGACUUUCGAGCGCUUCGUGGCGGGCUUGCGCACCUCGCUGCUGAACGCCAACAGUGCCCCGAGGGAUCAGGCACGCGUCGCUCCCCGGUCUGGGGACCAGCCUUCGUUGCAGCAGCGCCUGAUGUUCGUACCGGCCGACGAGCCGCGGACUGUCCUGGAGAGGAAGCCUCUGCCCCCGAGUGCGCGCCCCGCGCCUGCUGACCCCAGUGGCACCUCCCGGAACCCUGAGCUACUGUGUGUCCCCGCGGAGGCGGCACCCUGUCCCAAGGAGCCCGAGCGACUCCUGAGUAAGACCCUGGAGCGGAGCCCGAGCGCAGACGCUGGCGCAGCAUCCUGCAAGACCCUGGACGUAGGCACAGGUGAAGCUCGGCAGGCUCCACGGGCUCGAGGCGAACGUCGAAGGCAUACCAUCACCAACGGUGUGGACUGUGGCCUGGUGAGAGGGGCCAUGACUCUGAGGGACUCUCUGUGUUGUCCAGAAGCUGAAGCAGAUGAAGGAGCUAGAACAGGAGCAGGAGGUGCUGCUGCAGGGCUUGGAGAUGAUGGCUCGCGGCCGAGAGUGGUACCAGCAGCAGCUGCAGCGUGUGCAGGAGCGUCAGCGCCGCCUGAGCCAGAGCAGAGCCGGCGCCGACUUUGGGACUGCAGGGAGUCCCCUCCCUCUGGGGAGGUUGCUGCCCAAAGUACAGGAGGUGGCCCGGUGCCUGGGGGAGCUCUUGACUGCAGCCUGUUCCGGCAGAGCUCUGCCCUCGUCUUCUUUGGGGCCCCUGGGCCCUUCCUCUCCCUCAGCGCCAGUCUGGCAGCAGCAGACCAUCCUCAUGCUGAAAGAGCAGAACCGGCUUCUCACUCAGGAGGUGACCGAUAAGAGCGAGCGCAUCACUCAGCUGGAGCAGGAGAAGUCUGCGCUCAUCAAGCAGCUGUUUGAGGCCCGGGCUCUCAGCCAGCAGGAUGCUGGGCCUCUGGACUCCACGUUCAUCUAGCUGGUUGUACCUCGCUAGGAUGUGCAUGCGGACUCAGCCUCAGCUCCACGGCGCUGCUGUGAGCCUGCCUUCUGACUGAAGGUCUCAGAGCUUAGCCCUCCGGGCCCUGGAGAGGGCACCUGUCUCCACGCUCGUAGUCUGGGCUGUCCUGAGGCUUACCCCAGGCUGGCCUGACACCAUACAGUGGGUGCUGGUCCUAGUAGUGCUGUCAGGCCUGAAGCUGCUACUCCAUUGUCAGUGAAUGGCAGAGGACCGUGCCUCAUAUUUAUCUGGUUUUCGGCAGCCCUGGACAAAGAAGGGGGCAUGUUUACAGUCAUCCUGUCCCCUCUUGUAAGGCUGGGAUUUUUGGUGUUUAGUAAAAAGUACUGGUCACUUCUAAAGCUA